CUGCGCAGCCUUUUCCCACACAGUUCAACAUGGCGGGCUAAUAAACAUAACUAAUGAAAACGGUGCGUUGAUCAACGUUAAGCAGGAGCAAAAAUAAGCCCACAGCUCAAUGGUAGUAUGGCAGAUAAAAAAGGCAAAAAUGUUGGAGUUAAACGGACAUUAACCAAAAAAGAACAGGAAGAACUGAAGAAAAAGGAAGAAGAAAAAGCAGCAGAGGUUUUUGAAGAGUUUUUAGCAUCUUUUGACAGCAAUGAGAAAAGUGGGGUGAAGACCUUUGUCCGUGGUGGCAUUGUGAAUGCAACAAAAGGAGCAGAAGAGGUGAAGAAAAGCAAGCUUUACAGACCAGACACCAAAUUUACACCGUUAGCUCAGCAUGUUUCUACAACACAGUCCUCAGAAGUCAAGAAACCUCUAAUUAAAAAGAAGACAGAAGACAAAAAGAAGAGUAAUCUUGAACUCUUCAAAGAAGAGCUAAAGCAGAUUCAGGAAGAGAGAGAAGAGAGGUAUAAAAGGAAGAAAAAUGAACCAGGAUGCUAUGGAGACUUGGACAUUCCGUUGACUCGACGAUCAAUAUUUGAUGACGACCCUGGUGUGCCAACUACAACUAAUCUGUAUAUUGGAUGUAUUAACCCAAAGAUGAAUGAGGAAAUGCUUUGCAAAGAGUUUGGAAAGUACGGACCACUGGCCAGCGUGAAGAUUAUGUGGCCUCGGACGGACGAGGAGCGCACCAGGGUCACAAACCGUGGCUUUGUGGCCUUCAUGACCCGUAAAGAUGCGGAAAGAGCUUUGGCAGCUCUUGAUGGUAAAACGGUCAUGGGUUUCGAAAUGAAGCUGGGAUGGGGAAAAGCGGUUCGUAUCCCUCCCCAACCGCUGUACACCCCCAUAGGGGCGCUAAAAAUGUCCACGCCCCCGCCCCCAUCUGGCCUGCCCUUCAACGCUCAGCCUCGAGAGCGGUUCAGAAAUGACUUCACUAAGCCCUGGGGCAGGUCCAAGGAGGAAUUUGAAAAGACUCUGUCCGAAGCCGUAGUCAAAGUGGUUAUCCCAACAGAAAGAAACCUUUUAGGCCUCAUCCACAGAAUGAUAGAGUUUGUGGUGCGUGAGGGACCCAUGUUUGAAGCCAUUAUUAUGAAUAAAGAGAAGAACAAUCGUGACUUCAGGUUCUUAUUUGACAACAAAAGUCAGGAGCAUGUGUACUAUCGCUGGAAAUUGUACUCCAUUCUCCAGGUAAGCUCCCCCAAUGAGUGGAGCACGGCAGACUUCGGAUCUUCCGCGGGGGCUCCCUUUGGCGCCCCCCCCCUGCUGAAGCCAUACUUGCAUGGAGAUGAGGACACCAGUGAAGACCCCGCCUCUCCCUCCCAGGAAGAGGAACUGAAGAAAGGCCAGCUUAAGGCAGAGCACAGGGAGAAGCUUGAGGACAUUCUCAGAGCCCUCGCCCCACGCAGGGAGGAGGUCGGUGAUGCCAUGGCGUUUUGCCUGGAGAGGGCAGAGGCAGCAGAGGAGGUCGUGGGGUGCAUCGCGGAGUCCCUGUCUCUCUUGCAGACUCCCCUGCAGAAGAAGAUUGCAAGAUUGUAUCUGGUGUCGGACAUUUUAUACAAUUCUUGUGCCAAAGUUGCCAACGCGUCCUACUAUCGAAAAUACUUCGAAUCGAAACUGCCCCAGAUAUUUGGAGACAUCAGUGAGGCUUAUCGGAACAUUCAGGCUAGGCUUCAAGCUGAACAGUUUAAGCAAAAGGUCAUGUGUUGCUUCAGGGCAUGGGAGGAUUGGGCCGUCUACCCUGAAUCCUACCUGAUUCAGCUGCAGAAUAUCUUCCUGGGCCUCGUCAAGGCUGGGCAGGAGGUGAUCGAGAGGCCAGAAGUCACCACUCCUGACCUUGACGGUACUCCACUGGAGGACUUGGAUGGUUCACCCAUGGCCAGCCUGUCCUGGGACCCUACCACCUUGGAUGGGAUGCCUGUCGACGACAUUGACGGGGUCCCCCUGGGCAACCCACUGGACGACAUUGAUGGAAUGCCAAUGGAGGAAAACGCUGAUAAAAAUAAAAGCAUUCCUCGCCCUCGAGUGGCUCUUUCCAAAUGGGAAAGGGUUGAUGAUUCUGAAGUUCUGCCCCAAGUGAAUGCUGAAUCAAAAUGGGAUCUGAUAAAAGAGCAAGAUUCAGAGGAGGAGGUGAAUGUCGGUGUGGACCCUAAGGGGGAUGAUGGGAAUACAGAGGACAGCAGUGGAGAGGACUCGUCUAGCCCAUCCAAGUAUGAUGUGGCCGAUUUCAAAAGAUCCGUGACUAACUUUGAGCUGUCUGAGGACAAGAGGAGCAAGCUGCGUGAACUUGAGGUCAAAGUGAUGAAAUUUCAGGAUGACCUUGAGUCAGGGAAAAGACCCAGGAAGUCAGGAAUGGGUGUUCAGCAGCAAGUAGAACACUAUCGGAACAAGUUGUUACAGAAGGAGUUUGAUAAAGAUGAUCAGGACAGGAAGGAAAAGUUCACACAAAAGUCAAAAGAGAGAGUGAAGAAAGAUGAGAAGAGGGACAAAGCAGAAGACAAGAGUAAAAUAAAGGACAAGAAGAGGAGUAAUAAGGAAUCAAGUCAGGAUUGGGACAGAAACAGGGCCGGCGAGGAGAAGGUUCGGGAGCGUACAGAACGGUACGGAGGAGGCAACUCUACCUCCCCUUCCAGAACAAAAUCAAAGUCUCCGAUGAAGUCCAAGCAGUUGCGAUCACCAUCGCCUGGCAGAAAGUCAAAGAGGUCAAGCUCCGGGUCACCUCAUCGUUCUCACAAAAAAAUUAAAAAGGGCAAACACUGACACCCUGCAAUACCUGCCCCCCCCCCCCCCUUCUUCUUAAGCAUCCAACAUACAGUACAAACACUCACAGACUCUGCCAAUGCUUAUGGUGCCUGAGCCUCACCCUCUCUUGUACCACAGUGGGGUGACUCUCCGGCAUCGGUUUUGUUUUUUCCAUUCCCCUAGCCCCCCGCCAUCUCAAUGCACCACACAGAAUAUGUACUAGGGCUGCUUGAGCGAAAGGUUUGGUAUAUGUUUGUAAAAAUGGAAGUUCAAAUAUUAUUUGUACAAUUCUGUUGUUUUUAUUUUAUUUUUGUUUUGUACAUCCAUGUUGAAAUCUAUUGCAAGAGUGUUACGGAAACAUAAUAAACAGUUCUUGGCGGUG